CGGCGACAAUAAAGAGGCCAGAUAACAGUGAACAAUGGAGGAAUAUAACUCUGGAGAUGAGGGGAUCUUCAAUGCUGACGAGGCCAGUAUCUCAGUGAAAGAGUGUAUUGAAGGCGUCAUUGGUGGGACAGAUUAUAACCAGAGUAAAGUGAACCAGUUGACUGCCGGUGUCGUAGAGCACUGUCUCAGUCAUCUGGUGAAACAAGGACGGCCGUUCAAAUACAUGGUAAAUUGUACCAUCAUGCAGAAGAGUGGCACUGGUCUCCACACAGCCAACUCCUGCUACUGGGACACUGCCACUGAUGGAAGCUGUACGGUCAGAUGGGAAAACCGCAGCAUGUACUGCGUGGUCAGUGUCUUUGCUGUUGCUGUGACUCUCUAACAGCAGCACAUUGUCGCACCCUGCUCUCUCUCCCUCUCUCUCAUUUCCCAAGGUGCGUCUGAAAUGGCAUUGUGACCAAGAAGCCGUGAAGAUCUUCAGAUGAAAACCUCUGGUAGUUUAUGUAGGAGUAGCUUAUGUCUCCCCAGAGGCUUGAACAACAUAACGUCAGGGCAGGCUACUGCUGUGUGCGGGCGUGACUGGGUCAUCGUCAGAAUUAAAGCCUGAUGCAGUCAAAGUAUUGAGAAGCACUGAACACUUAAUAUUGUGAUCCAUCAAAUCCUUUAAUAUGUUGUCAAAAAGACACUUUACAUUUUCCAUAAUGUAGGAGUAGUUUUUAAAAAAUUAUUUGUCUCCUUCAGUACAUUCCCAAACAAAACAGACUUAACUGUUGCUGUAAAGAAGAAGAAACAUGAUUGUUGUCUUUCAGUACGUAUAAGCAAGACUUCUUGUAUAAAGUGUAGUCUGCAUUGAUAUUUUACCCAUUUAUAUCGCACUGUGAGGAUAUGAUUAUGAGUUCCCAGGCCAGGACUGUUUAAUGGUAAUUUCCAACAACCAGGGCACUUUUUUUGGAUUUCACCUGCAGACAUCCUUGAAUUCUUGUGUUAAACUGUUUAAUUUAUGGAGGCUGUUUACUGUAAUAAUAUGCUGGAAUGUGUACAGUUCAGUCAUUAAAUGUAUUCAAUUUGAUUUGCUUCUGAGUGAGCAUCAAUCUUUUCAAAAC